UGUUUUGUUUGGUUGCUGUUAGCAGCAAGAUGGCGGCUCCCAUACCGGCGCACAGACCCACUGCUCUGCAUAUUUAACACCAGCUUCCAGCCUUCACACUGCUCUCGUGCGUUGAUGCAUAGACGGGCCGUGCAGCGCAAUCGCCCAUAGCAAGAAAUGCAUUUUUGUUGUUUCUGAUUCCUUCUAGACUGAUGCACUACCGGCGGAUUUUUACCGACCCUGCAGAACAGUCACUGGGCUAAAAUGGCGGCUUCCUGGGGCUGUCCCUGCAGUCUGUGCUAAGCUAAUAUCUUUCUUCACCCUCACAGAAGAUCACCCUUAAGUGUCACUGGAGGGAUUUCUAAUGAUAAUAAAGCUACUGAAUGUGAUGGUUGGCUGCACAUUAGUCAUUGCAUGUAAAAGGAGUACAUUUAAAUCCCGUUUGGAACGGCUAGCUACACAGCCAGCUCCUUACAAAUUAGCCUGCUACUAGCCUCCGGAAAUAGUUAGCAGGCUAAGGCUAACUCUGAGUCGCUGUCAAUAAGCCAAAUACCAGUUUUAACUUAAACCCAAUUUCGACUGCUGGCUGAAUUUGGAUUUUUCUCCCUCGCCGAGGACUCCGAAGCGUGGAUUCUGACAGCAGCGUCAUGGCCACCGAACCAGCUGUUCUGCAGCCGCGGUGGAAGCGGGUCGUGGGCUGGACUGGGCCGGUCCCCCGGCCACGGCACGGACACCGAGCUGUGGCCAUCAAGGAGCUGAUGGUGGUAUUUGGUGGAGGGAAUGAAGGGAUCGUGGAUGAGCUUCACGUCUAUAACACAGCCACCAACCAGUGGUUCAUCCCAGCCGUUCGUGGUGACGUCCCGCCAGGCUGCGCCGCAUAUGGAUUUGUGUGUGAUGGGACACGACUGCUGGUGUUUGGAGGGAUGGUGGAAUACGGCAAAUACAGCAACGACCUGUAUGAGCUGCAGGCGAGUCGCUGGGAGUGGAAGCGUCUGAAGGCCAAGGCACCAAAGAAUGGGCCGCCCCCCUGCCCCCGCCUUGGACACAGCUUCUCUCUGAUUGGCAGCCGCUGCUACCUAUUUGGCGGACUGGCCAAUGACAGUGAAGACCCCAAAAACAACAUCCCCAGGUACCUGAAUGACCUGUACUGCCUGGAGUUGCGGCCUGGCUCCAGUGUGGUGGGCUGGGACAUUCCCUCAACAUCAGGUCCGCCGCCGCCACCCAGAGAGAGUCACACUGCCGUGGUAACGAGCGGCCGCAGCGGAAACCGACUGAUCAUCUACGGAGGCAUGAGCGGCUGCAGACUGGGAGACCUGUGGGUGCUAGAUAUCGAUUCUCUGACAUGGAACAAACCCUCCAUCAUUGGGACCGCCCCCCUCCCCCGCAGCCUGCACUCUGCCACCACCAUCAACAACAAGAUGUAUGUGUUUGGCGGUUGGGUUCCUCUGGUGAUGGAUGACGUCAAAGUAGCGACACAUGAGAAGGAGUGGAAGUGCACCAACACACUGGCCUGCCUCAACCUGGACUCCAUGUGUUGGGAGACAGUUCUCAUGGACAGUCUGGAGGAAAACGUCCCCAGAGCUCGAGCGGGUCACUGCAGCGUCGCCAUCAACUCCAGACUGUACAUCUGGAGCGGCAGGGACGGAUACAGGAAGGCCUGGAACAACCAGGUCUGCUGCAAGGACCUGUGGUACCUGGAGACAGAGCGUCCCAGUGCUCCGUCCCGGGUCCAGCUGGUCCGAGCCAACACCACGUCUCUGGAGGUGAGCUGGGGUCCUUCGCAGACCGCCGACACCUACGUCCUGCAGCUGCAGAAGUACGACAUUCCGGCCACACCCGCUACCGCCUCACCCGCCGCCGCCUCCAGCCCCGUCCCCACCGCCACGCCCAGCGCCAGCUCACCAAAGAGCCCUGCACCCGUUGCCGCAGCAACAGUCAACCAGGCCAUUCCACUGUCUGGCAUCACACUAGUGCCCUCACCCACACCCUCGGUGCCUGGAAACCCAUUGGCUGCUGCCGCUAAAGGACCAGCUGUCCUGAAGGUGGCAGCAGCUCCCAGUGCCACUAGCGGAGCCUCCAUUGUCACAGUGCGUCAGGCUGCGCCAAAAUCCCCGGUUGCCGUGACGACGCUUCCAGCAGGUGUUCGUAUGGUGGUACCUGCUCAGUCCAGUCAGGCAACGCCAAUCGGAAGCAGCCCUCAGAUGAGCGGCAUGGCAGCUCUGGCAGCAGCGGCUGCAGCCACACAGAAGAUCCCACCUUCCACAGCGACAGUGCUGAACGUGCCGGCAGGAGCGACCAUUGUGAAGACAGUGGCGGUCAGUCCAGGAUCCAGCACGCUGCCCGUCAAAGUGGUGAGUAACCCGGCCACACGCAUGUUAAAGACCGCAGCUGCUCAGGUGGGCGGGGCCUCUGUCGUCUCCACCCCUGGAACCCCCAGCCGACCAAUCAUCACCGUCCACAAGUCAGGCACGGUGACUGUUUCCCAGCAGGCUCAGGUGGUCACUACGGUGGUGGGCGGAGUCACUAAGACCAUCACACUUGUCAACAGCCCACUGGGUGUGGGAGGAGGCGGAGCUCUGAUUGGUAACCUUGGUAACCUGGGGAAGGUGGUGUCGGUGGUCCAGACUAAACCAGUUCAGAGUGGAGCAAUUACUGGUCAGGCUGGGACCAACCCGGUCACCCAGAUCCUCCAGACAAAGGGCGCUCUUCCAGCAGGAACCAUCCUGAAGCUGGUGACCACAGCAGAUGGGAAACAGACCACCAUCCUCAGCACAGCACAGGCCGGCUCCACAGGAAACAAGCCCACCAUCCUGGGCGUCGCCCCGGCAACCUCUAAACCCGGAACCACCAUUAUCAAAACCAUCCCCAUGUCUGCGCUGCAGGGCGGAGCAGGUGGAAACAGUCCAAUCACCAUCCUCACAACCAAAGUGGUGACUCCAGGAACUGCCGGUAAAAUCAUCACCACCGUCCCCAAGAUCACUGCAGGCGGCCAGCAGGGGCUCACACAGGUGGUGUUGAAAGGAGCCCCAGGGACCCCCGGUACCAUCCUGCGGACUGUCCCAAUGAGCGGGGUCAGACUAGUGUCACCAGGAGGUGUCGGUGCCAAACCCACUGUCACCACGCUGGUCGUCAAGGGAACCACAGGCGUCUCCAGUCUGGGGACGGUGACAGGAAGUGUCUCGACCACGGUGGCAGGAGGAGCCGUCGCCACAGCCAACGCCUCUCUGGCAACGCCCAUCACUACUUUGGCAACCAUUGCAACGUUAGCCAGCCAGGUCACCACGGCAACGGCAGCAGCUAGCGGACCCAAGCAGGUGACUCUCAUCACGACCCCCAGCGGUGCUGAGGCUCAGCCACUGGUCCAGGAUCUGCCCGUCUCCAUCAUGGCUUCACCUACUUCAGAAGACCCUGGAAGUACUACGAGCACAACAGUAACUACGACUGCAGUGGGAGAGACUGGAGACGGUGCAGCUUCCACAGUGACACUGGUGUGCUCCAACCCGCCCUGCGAAACCCACGACACGGGGACGACCAACACCGCCACCGUCGCCACGGCAACCAUCGGGGGCACCGAGAGAGUGUGUUCAAAUCCGCCCUGUGAGACGCACGACACGGGGACGACCAACACCGCCACCGUCGCCACGGCAACCAUCAGGGGCACGGAGAGAGUGUGUUCAAAUCCGCCCUGUGAGAUGCACGACACGGGGACGACCAACACCGCCACCGUCGCAUCCUCCAGCAUGGGCCGUGUGCUGCAGAUAUCCUCUAACCAGUCCGGUCCAGUUCCUCCAGCUGCAGUGACUGGGACCAGUUCAGUACCUGGUGUCCUCCGACCCCACAGUGACCCCGCCUCCUCCACGCUCAACGGUGGAACCACCUGCUCUAACCCGCCGUGUGAAACUCAUGAGACUGGAACUACCAACACCACGACCACAGCUGGAGCCGGGGGAGUCCGACAGGUGUGUUCUAACCCACCGUGUGAAACCCACGAGACCGGAACCACCAACACCGCCACCACAGCCGGAGCCGGGGGAGUCCAACAGGUGUGUUCUAACCCACCGUGUGAAACCCACGAGACCGGAACCACCAACACCGCCACCACAGCCGGAGCCGGGGGAGUCCGACAGGUGUGCUCUAACCCGCCGUGUGAAACGCAUGAAACUGGAACCACCAACACCGCCACCACGGCAACAGCCCAGCAGAGUGGAGACGGUGUGCAGGGAGACUCCACAGACGCCUCCUCCUCUGACCCCGCCUCCUCAUCCACCACAGCCAGUCAGAGCAGGGCUGUUACCACAGUAACACAGGCCACACCCACCCCUGGCCCAUCGAUACCAGAGAUCUCGUCAUUGGUUGGAGAGGACAGGGCGGAGUCUUCUGAAGCUGAGGCUGUCGCCAUGGUGACAGCAGAGCAGGGGGAGGAGCAGAUGCAGACAGACCAAUCAGAGGACGUGAUGUCCUCAGCAGCGACGGUGUUACAGGUUCAUGUGGAGGCGGGCGAGGCGGCACAGAUGCACUCCACAGACAGCGGCCUCCCUCAGGAGCUGAUGUCAACGGAAGGCGAUGGUGGUGAGGUGGACUCUGGGACGACGACACUGAUGGUGACGAGAGGGCUGACCCCUGAUCAGCUGGCGGUUACCACGGCAACAGAGGAUGCUGCUCAGCAAGUGACGAUACAGGCAGUACUGCGGGCUGCCGGACAACUCGGUGACGCAGAGGGUUCGGUGGAUCAGUCCAUCCCCAUCGUCCUGACCCAGCAGGAGCUCGCUGCCCUCGUCCAGCAGCAGCAGCAGCUACAGGACGUCCACAACCAACCAGAACCCGAACCUGAACCGGAACCAGCAGAACCCCAGCACAGUGCUAUGCCAACAGAGGGCCUUGCUCCAGCCGACAGCCUCAACGACCCAGCAGCAGAGAGCAACGGACACGAGCUGACAGCAUCCGCUGUAACGAGCGCCGUGGCCCGAUUGGCCAGCACGUUUGGCCCCACCCCUCCACUGACAGCAAGUCCAGCAAAGAUGCAGGCAGCGGCCGCGCUAGCUGAAGUGGCAAACGGCAUCGCCACGGCAACCACGGGAGCGACGGCGGUGAAGGCGGCAGCGGCAAAGGAGAGUCAGUGGUACGACGUCGGGAUCGUCAAGGUUACCAACAUGGUGGUGACGCACUACUACGUCCCAUAUGAUGACAACGUAGUUGACGACGACUCUGGCGUGAUGCCGGACUACAGCCAGAUGAAGAAGGUGGAGCUGCAGCCGGGAACCGCCUACAAGUUCAGGGUGGCGGGGAUCAACAUCUGCGGCCGCGGCGCCUUCUCGGAGGUGUCGGCCUUUAAGACGUGUCUACCUGGUUUCCCUGGAGCCCCUUGUGCCAUCAAGAUCAGCAAGAACCUGGACGGCGCUCAGUUGACCUGGGAACCGCCCGCCGUCACGUCGGGAAAGAUCACGGAGUACUCUGUGUACCUGGCCAUCCAGUCCAGCCAGGCCUCAGGGUCAGGGUCUGGUCCGGCCCAGCUGGCCUUCAUGAGGGUCUACUGUGGCCCAAGCCCGUCCUGCCUAGUCCAGUCCACCAGCCUGGCCAACGCCCACAUCGACUACACCACCAAACCCGCCAUCAUCUUCCGCAUCGCCGCUCGGAACCAGAAAGGAUACGGACCGGCCACACAGGUCCGGUGGCUGCAAGAAACCAGUAAAGACGCCAAACCACCAGUGAAGAGACCGGGAGCCUCUCCUGAUUUUAAACCCACCGGGCCAAAGAAGUUCCGAGCCGACCAGUAGGAGGCGACGCCGCGUCUUCUGCGACUGUGAUCGACUAGGUGUGGUUACCGUGACGACAAGGACAGUUUCCCCCGUCUCCCGGGAAACAAAAAACAAAGACUUGUAGAAUAUUUGUACAUUAUCGACCAAUCAGAACUUUCUUCUGUGUUCUCUGCUGGUUGUCGUGGAGACAGUGGAGGAGGGCGGAGUCGGCUGCAUUUCGAAUGAAAAUAAUAAAGUUUUGAGUUUAUGAGUUUAUUA